AUGGCGGAAUCAAAUGAGCAGCCGAGAGACAAAGCAAAUUCGACAGACGACGAUGACGAUGAUGAAAAAGGUCAAGCGGCUCUACUUCAACAAUUACUGAAUAGAUUUUCGGGUCUAUUCGGUUCGACGAAACCGGACCAGCCUGCCGAAGAUCCUGUUUUGAAGUCGUUUAAUUUGGAAGCUGCAGCAGAAUACAUGAGUAAAUGUUCCAACGUGGUUGUCAUGGCGGGCGCGGGAAUAUCCACAAGUGCUGGUAUACCCGAUUUUCGUUCACCUGGAACAGGUCUUUAUUCUCAAUUGGAAAAAUACAAUCUUCCAUUUCCGGAAGCAGUGUUUCACUUGGACUUUUUCCGAACUAAUCCCAAACCGUUCUUUUUGCUUGCAAAAGAACUCUAUCCACAGAAGUUCACACCAACACCAACGCAUUACUUCAUUCGAUUAUUAGAAGAAAAGAAGAAGUUGCUGAGAGUUUUCACACAAAAUAUUGACUCAUUGGAACGGGUAGCUGGUAUAUCAACUGACAAAAUCGUCGAAGCACACGGUACAUUCUUUACAUCACAUUGUUUGGAUUGUCGUGAAGAAUAUGACCUUGAAUUUAUCAAAGAGAUCAUCUUCAAAGAUGAAAUUCCUCACUGUAAGAAAUGCGAUGGAAUUGUCAAGCCGGACAUCGUGUUUUUUGGUGAAAAACUUCCCGCUCGGUUUAACGAUUGUGUACACAGUGAUUUUUCGAAAGCUGAUUUCUUGAUUAUCAUCGGUACAUCAUUGAAAGUCGCACCAUUUAAUCGCCUUCUAACAUUUGUGGAUAAGGAUUGUCCUCGUCUUUUGAUCAAUAUGGAACCAGCUGGAAACUCCAAUCAGGACAUGGGAUCUGGAGCGCUAUUAUAUGGAAAAAAAGCAAAUCGCCGUGACGUAUUUCAUCAAAGUACAUGUGAUGAAGGUGUUAGCGAACUAGCGAAAUCACUUGGUUGGGAGGAUGAAUUUAAUAAAUUACUCCAAUCCGAAGGUGCAUCAGUUGAGAAAGUGAAAGAGAACUUAUCGACAAUUCCUAACGAAACCGAAGAAAAAGCUGAUCGACUAGCCGAACAAAUGGCUAAAGCAUCGUUGGAGGAUGAGAAAAAGAAAGACUAA